UGUUAUGCGAACGUACGAAAACUCGAAAAAUGACGAAAUUUGUCAAUUUUCUGGCAACUAUUUUAGUGGUUUUUAGUUUAAUAUUAGUGGCAAACGGGGAUGAUUAUAAUAACAACUAUUUUUCAACGGAUAAUUAUAUUAAACCUAACUAUACUGAUGUGAAUAAGGAAAUAGGGUCAUCUAAUUACACUAGUAGUGAUUAUUAUGAUCCUGGUAGUAUGGCCGGAUUGUUUAAGAUAACUAAUUCGUUUAUGGAUGCAAUACUUGAAAAAAUAGAUCCAACAGAUUUCUUUAUCGUUAAGGAUAAAGCCGUAGAGCUCAAAGGUGACGAUUUGAUAGAUCACGUUAAGGAUUUAACUGGUUAUCUAACAUUUCUCGGAUUCCUUUGCCUUCUUAUAGUGCUUUUUCCACUGGUUGGCCUUAUAUUUUGCUGUUGCCGUUGCUGUGGAAAUUGCGGCGCAACCGUCCAACCUAAACAAACCAAAAGCAACUGCACGAAAAUUGUAUUGGGAAUUUUUAUGGGCUUCCUACUAGUUGGAUUUCUGUUCUGCGUGGUUUCAGCUUUUGGCAGCAGUGAACUGCUGAACAGUGGUGUUCAUGAGUUUCCCGAAAAUAUUGAAAAUCUGGUACAUGAUAUUGACAUGUAUUUUAAUAACACUAAUAAACAAUUGAACACGUUAUUAGUCACGAAUUUUAAAGAAUUUAAAGAAAAUAUUUUGAGUAAUGUUGAAAAUGGAAAAAAUAAAGUGUUAAAUCUUAUUGACUUUAACAAAACAAUAAUUGAUGAAAUUGAAAAUUAUUUGAACAGUAUUAACAAAAUAAAAGACGAUACCGCACAGAUAUCCAAUAAUCUAGGUAAUUUAGAAAAUGCUAUAAACAAGUCCAAUGAAGAAUUAAACAACAUUAUUGCUGUCUGUGAUGAUAAUCUGAAAGAAGAACUAAAGAGUUUUAUUUAUGAUAAAUCUCUUCCAACUUUCGAAAAUGAACUUGCUCCUUUAGAUGACAUACAGAUUGAUAAUGUUUUAGAAAAUUUCAAAAAUGUAAGGUCGAAAAUAGAUAAAGCCAAGGAAAAGGCUUCAGAACAAUUUUCUGGACAAAUCGAGGAAGUUAAAAGCAAACUUAAUGAUGCAGCUACAAAGAUAGACGAGACAUUACAGGACACCAAUUCAAAAAUCACUGAUAUCAGAGCACCAUUGCUAGAUGCUACUACUCCGGUUAUUGCAGAUGCCAAAGAUUACAUUGACGAGUAUAUGCCAUACGUACACGCCGUCGUUAUAAUUUUCAGCUGUAUUUUACUUUUUAUAACUUUAGUGGUUAUCAUAGGAAUUAUUUGGGGCAUAUGCUGUAAAAGUCCCAAAAGCAAUAAGAAGGAAUUCUGUUCUAAAGCUGGUGGUAGUAAAUUUUUAAUGUGUGGUGUAGGAAUGAUGUUUUUCUUCGGUUUUCUCAUAGCCCUAAUUGCUCUAGCUGUUAAUUUAUUUGGUGUGUUGUCACAGAGGUUGAUUUGUGAUAACGUGGACGACAUCGAUAACUCUAAACUACUAGGGACCUUGGAUGAUUUAAUUGAUUUAUCGGUUGAAGGAGUGAACAUUUCUAAUGUAGUAAGAGGUUGCCACAGAGACGAAGCCAUAUAUGAAGUUUUCAAACUUGAAAAUCAAAUUAAUUUAACUGACAUAGUCGGUCAAGUUGAUGUAGGCUCUGUGAUAGAUGAUGUAGUUAAUCAAGUUAAUAGUUCCAUAGAUGUUGGUACGAUCAUUAACAACGAAACGAUAGAUAAAUUAAAAAAUCUGAGUAAUACAAAUUUUGAGUUCAGUUUUGAUACUACUAGUUUAAAUAAUAUAAAUGUGACCAAUUUAAACGCCCCCGAUGAUAUUCAAGAACAACUGAAUACAUACGAUAAUGGGACUCUUCAAAACUUGAAAAAUAAGUUAAACGAAUUGAACGAAACCAUUGAAAACAUAAAAACAGACUUAAAAUUUGAUAAAGAAAGUACAAAAGUAGCAUUAGACGAUUUACUAAAUACUAUAGAUGAAGCAGAAACCUCAAUAAAUAAUAAAAAAGAUAGUGUAAUAGAGGAAGUAAAAAAAUUUGCAGAUGUUAUCAAAAUUAUUUUGAAUGAAUUUAUAGACGAUAUAAUCAUGAAUACUACAAAAGAAAAAAUUGGUACAUGCCAACCCCUUUAUACCGCGAUGAAUGCUGCUUUAAUAUCGACAUGUAAAGUUAUUCUUUAUCCCGUGAACGGUUUUUGGUUUAGUUUAUUCUUGGUUGUGAUAUUCUUUAUACCGGCUAUAGUAAUUGCAGUCAUCUUAGCUUCCUUAUAUCAAAAGCCAAGCUUUGGAAAUAAAUACAUGUCAAAAUUGUCAAAGAAAAAAGGUGAAAAAGAUAAAAAAGAUAUGGACUAUUAUUAUGGUUACGACAACCAACCAACAAUAGUUCAUGGAGAUGAAAACUGGCUUAAUCCCACUAGAUACAGAGAUACGUCAAGGCAAGGAUAUAAUAGCCAUUAUUAUAAUGAUCACGAAACAAGUACCAGAUUCUAGUUACAUUCACAGCAAUGUAGAAUGAGCUUCUUGUGGUAUCUAUUUAUUAUAGUCAUAUUUAUAUGUUAUACUGUUGCCUGAUUAUAUAGAAAUAAAACGUAUAAAAUGAAA